CCAGUCUGAACCGGGCCAGUUCGGUUUGUUUGGUUGUCGAAGAAGGUUCAAUCCUUCGAUGUCCUGUUAAAUUGCGUAGUUUAGCUGUCAACUUUGCCGUCGAUAACAUUUUGUGACUUUCAAUAUCAAGGAUGUUUGUUCUGGUGAGUUUCUUACCUUUUCUUUUGACAUAUUUUUUUUCUUUUAAUAUAGCGGUCUUUGAUAGAAAGCCGCAAGUGUUCGCAUGUCAUCGUAUUUGAUUCGUGUUUACACUGUACAGUCUGUACUUGCUGUAUUUGUUUGGCUCUUCAACAUAAGUAUUGAUCCAUAUAUUGUAUGCUUAUAUUCGUUCCAUCAUGAAGGCCAAGGCCACGAAAGACGCGUAGAAAGUUCCAAAUUGCUGGAGGAAUUUCAAGAAUUUACUGUUUUGCAACUUUUACAAAUCUUGUAUAGUACAAAGCAUUUUACAUGUAAAGCUUACCACAAAUAACAGAUUCUAUUUCGCUAUUUAAUGACCUUGUAAUUCUAGUUUGGCAGAUAACUUUUACUGUUAUUUUCUAACGUUUUUGCGAGAUCGACAUGUAGUGGGGUCACGAGACUUUCAAUGACGUUCAAUAUUUUAUCUUUGUAAACUAAUGUCGCGACCUGUUGCUUUGUUUUGCAAUAUUGUGCUUCAUAUAUAACAUUAAAACUUUAUAAAAUGUUUUAGAUACAGUAAAUGUAGAGAAGGAAGCUAAAACGUAUUAUUUGUACUUUGGUCUAGUCGAAGAAGGCAAGCAAGCAUGAAAGUAUAAAAAGCUUUUGUACCCAAAAGCACUUCAGGGGAAAUAUUGCGUUUUAAUAACUACAUAGUCCUAAAAUUGGCCAUGUGAAAUUUAACAACUUUCCAGUUUGUAUUUAUGCAUCAUCCCAAUGCAAGCAUGCCCAUCCACCCCCCCCCCCCCCCCCCCCCCCCCCCCCCCCAGGGCCUCCCCGGGGCAUUUUCUGUAAAGCAUGUCCCGGGGGUUGGGCAUUUGAACAAUACUUGAUAUAUUAACAGAGGGCACUCUCUCGAAACGUUGCAGAAAGUAUUCUCUUUAUUUUCAGGUAGUUUGAUAACCUACUCUUCUUAGCCAAACAGUCCAGCUGUCCCCAGGGUGGGGAUUUACUGAUUUUUUGCCAUUUUCAUGUGUUUUCCAUCCCCGCUCCUGGGAAUUUGCCACAUAUUUUCAAAAAUUGUCCAAAGCCUGGGGGUUGCCCGGUGAGGGAUGGGCACACUUGGAUUUGACUGAUACAUUAUGAGGGGAAAGUUAAUUGUACCCCUGGACCAUGCCUUGAAUAGGUGCAGGGCAGUGUAAAAUGUUGGCACAUUUGGAUUAAAAACAUCUAAAAUUUCCAAUAUUUUUAGUUUUUACCAUAGGAAUUAUGAAAUAAAAAUCUUUGUUUUUCUAUUUUUAUAGGGAGUGAUCAUUUUACUGUCAUGCUGUAUGUCUCCGUCUAUACAGACAAUGCAGUGUGAUCUUACAAAACAAUACCCUGUGAUAAAUAAGACAUCUAACAAAACGUUAGGUUGUAUGAAUUGUAAAGUUUGUAAACCAGGAAAGGAACCAAAGAUACCAUGUGGUACACCUGUUGGCAGGCAUGAGCAGGUCGGUGAUUGCAGAGAAUGCAAGAAUGGAACAUAUUCUGCAACAGAAGACUCAAGGGAGUGUCAGAUUUGUCGUAGCGAGAAAUGUUUUGAACAUCAAGUCAUUGAGGGAACAUGUCUUACGAAUCAGAGAGAUGAGUCGUAUUGCUUUGACAAAUGUGACGAUGGCUAUGUAAUGAAUACGAAGCGAACUGCUUGUGAAGUCUUGACACCACAGCAGAACACAACAAGUAACCCAGCUACAACAAGCAACCCUACAACAAGCAACCCUGCAAGAAGUAACCCUACAACAAGCAACCCUACAACAAGCAACCCAGCUACAACAAGCAACCCAGCUACAACAAGCAACCCAGCUACAACAAGCAACCCAGCUACAACAAGCAACCCAGCUACAACAAGCAACCCUACAACAAGCAACCCUGCAACAAGCAACCCAGCUACAACAAUGAAACCAACAAACCCUACAACAAGCAACGUGAAAGCAAAGACAUUGACAACAAGUAACCACACAACAAACAGUACUAUUACAACAAAAAAACUUGUGGUGUCAAAUAACCAAAAGGACACAAUGAAAGUGGCAUUCAUUGUUGUCAUAGUUAUUGUUGUCUUUGUCAUUAUACUUGCAAUUAUAUAUAAAUUUGUAUGGCCACACUUGAAAAUGUUGCAAACAACAGAACCACAAGGUAGGAUGGGUUUAUAUGAAUGUUUCAGUUAUAUAAUUAAUUAAUGAGUAAUUUAUUAAGCUAUAUUAUGUAUAUAUCAUGUCUGAGCUUUCUAGGAAAUAUUAUUAUAAAUAAUUUGAUGUUUUGACCAAUUGCCCUUUAGCCAGGAGUUAAAAAAUUAGCUAAUUAGCCUCCUGCAUCAUUUAAUACAGAAUUUAAUACAAAAUUUAAUAUAAUACUACAGAAUUACCCUACUUCAGAUUACCCUACUAAUAGUGUGAUGCCUUCACCUAAAACAAUGAUUUUUUCAAUUGUGGCUAGGGGUGCACCAGAUAGUGAUUUUUACUAUCCGGCCGGAUACUGAAUUUGCCGGAUAUCUGAACGCAGGCUUAUUUGCAGACAGCUCAAUUUUCUGUAGGUUGCGUGAUUGCAGAUUUAUAACUGUAUUUUCUGUAGGUUGCGUAAUUGUGUUAUUUAACUGUAAGCUUGUAGCUAAUCAAAUUGCUUUUACUAACUACAAUAUAUAAUAGUAAAUAUCCGACCGGAUAGUUCGAUUUUGUCACUAUGUGGCUGGAUACUAUAUCAGGUGCACCCCUACUUGUGGCUAUAAAUUUUUUCAACACAAACCAUGUGCACAGCAAGAUCAGCAGCUUAUUGUAGAAUAUUACCAACACUGGAUUCCAUGUUUGAGAUAAAAUAUUGCAGGUUAUAUUGUAGAAUACUACCUACUAAAUAGACCCUGUCCUUUGAGAUAACCUUUCAGGUAGUUUAGACUCCAGUAUUUUACUUUUUCUUGUGUUCUUUACACAUAAAGAUGAGAAAUCUGAAGAUGAAGAAUUGUUGGAUGUGACCGACAUGUCUCGUGUGGAAGGAUUACAGGAUGAACCUUCCGAAACCGAAGGUAAUGUGAUUUAUUUUACAAUUUGUCCUAUUUUUUAAAAUAUGUUAUUCAACAGAAUAAAACCAUGCAAAUUUUAUAGUUACGUGGAGUGAACUUUAAUAUUCAAUUAUUUUAGAGGAAUCAAUAGAAACCGGUUUCCCUGAAGCAAAUGGACCACCUCAUUGUCCUGGAAACAAUGAUGGAUUUGGUGAGUAAAAUUAUGUUUGUUCUAUAUAUAACAGAUAUAAGUAGA